CUGAGAGGGGAGGACGGCCAGACAGAGCGUGGGAGGGGAAGGCUCAGGACAGACGGAGCAGCAAGGGCAGACAGACAGAGCACAGGCUGAGAAGGCCAGGGGGAGCAGGAAGAUCCGUGCAGUGCCCAGGCAGGGCGGUGCAUGGCCCGGGAUGGUACCAGAGGGGAGCGCCGGCUCCUGCUGGGGCAGGAAGAGGCCCCGGCCGGGGGCUUAUGGGAUGCCUUCGAGGGCCGGAAGGCAGCCUGCGCGGCCGUGCUGCUGGUGGAGAUCCUGGAGCGGGCGGCUUUCUUCGGCAUCGUCUCCAAUCUUGUCCUCUACCUCAACAGCAGCAACUUCAAUUGGGGGGGAUCGCAGGCCUCGCGGGCCGCCCUGCUCUUCCUGGGCGCCUCCUACCUGCUCUCGCCCGUCGGGGGCUGGCUGGCUGACGUCUACCUGGGCCGCUACUGGACCAUCACGCUAAGCUUCCUGCUCUACCUGGUGUCGGCCUGCCUGCUGCCUGCCACGGCCUCAUCGGAUGGGCGACUCUUUCUGUGCGGGGACAUGCCGGCCUACCCGCUGCAGCAUCCCUGCCGGAACCAGAGUGGGGAGUGCCAGCAGUCGGCACCCGGCCACUACUGCGCCCCUCUGAUGUACACUGGCCUGCUGCUUCUGGCACUGGGCAUCAGCUCCGUCAAGGCCAACCUCACCCCCUUCGGCGCCGACCAGGUGACGGACCGUGGCCGCGAUGCCACACGGCGCUUCUUCAACUGGUUCUACUGGAGCAUUAACAUCGGGGCGGUGAUCUCGCUGCUCGUGGUGGCCUUUAUCCAGCAGAAUGUCAACUUCUUCAUCGGCUACACCAUCCCCGCGGCCUGCGUGGCCCUGGCCCUCCUCGUCUUUCUCCUGGCUGCCCCCACCUUCGUCACCAAGCCCCCCGCGGGCAGCCAGGUCUCUGCCAUGCUCAGGCUGGCCUUCAGGGGCAGCUGCUGCAGCCGAGCGCGCCGUAUCAGGCCGGGCGCUCUCCAAUCAGAAGCCCAGGGCGCGGAUCCUCUCCCUGACGGCAAAUCUCAGCCCCGGGCUCCUUCACCCGAGGAGGAUCUUGCCAACUUCCAGGUGAUGGCGAAGAUCCUGCCGGUGCUACUGACCUUCAUUCCCUACUGGAUGGUCUACUUCCAGAUGCAGUCGACUUACUAUCUGCAAGGCCUGCACCUCUUCAUCCCCAACAUCUUCCAGCACAACAGCACGGGCAGUGGCAUGGGCAGCAGCUACACGUUCCCUGAUGCCUGGCUCCUGUUAGCCAAUGUGGUGGUCCUGCUGGUUCUGGUCCCACUGAAGGAUCGAGUCAUUGACCCGUUCCUGGUGAGGCGGAAGCUGCUGCCCUCAGCGCUGAAGAGGAUGGCUCUGGGCAUGUUCUUUGGCCUCGCCUCUAUCAUUGUGGCAGGCGCCCUGGAGACCAAGAGGCUGCAGUAUGUGAAGAACAACCAGACCAUCCCGCAGCGCAUCGGAGAGGAUGUGUACUCUGCUGCCACACUGCCCAUCUGGUGGCAGAUUCCCCAGUACCUUCUCAUUGGCAUCAGUGAAAUCUUCGCCAGCAUUCCAGGGCUGGAAUUUGCCUACUCAGAGGCCCCCAAGUCCAUGCAGGGAGCCAUCAUGGGGCUCUUUUUCUUCAUAUCCGGCGUGGGCUCGCUCCUGGGCUCUGGGCUGCUGACUCUCCUCUCAGUGCCGGAGCAUGGCUGGAUGCACUGCCCCGAGGACUACGGGAACAUUAACAAUUGCCACAUGGACUAUUACUUCUUCCUCCUGGCUGGGAUCCAGACUGUGACUUUCAUGCUCUUCUUCUGGAUCUCUGGCCACUACGAGAGGCAGCAGCAACCCAACUGCCACGCCUGCGUCGGCCGCGAAGGGGACUGAGGGGACCUUGCCCCCCUCCAGCUGCCCCUUUCUGCUCAGUGACUUGCCCGGCUUGGGCUGGUGGGUGGAACUGCUCCAUGGGUCAGCAAACCUCCCCGGAGAAGGGGAAGGAGAGAUGCCCCUAGUAGGGCACCAGGGACUCUCACCCCUAAGGCACCCACAGGAGGCAGGGGCAGACUCAAGGGGGAGGGGGACGCCCUAAGGGGCGGAGCCUCCUCAUGGCUCACUUGGGGGCUUGCUCUUUCUCCUUGUCGGAGACCCUUGGGAAACGUUGUCCUGCCUCCUCGGCUACCCCCAGGCUGUAAGAUCCACCCUCCAGUAGCCAGAAUUCCUAAGGAUGCCCUCUCUUGCCUGGGUUUUGCUAUCCAGCAGGGUCCUGAGAUGGCCGAUCUCCUGGGACGGGCACCAGUAAGGGGUUAAAUCAACAGGCAGAAGGCACUGGAAAUGAAGGGGGGGGGGGGAAUGAUUCCCAGAGCCCAGGAGUGGGUGGAAGAUUUGCCUCAUCCUAUGCAAGAGAAAAAUCUCCUUCUCAACCCCUGCUAAUAUCAGGGCUUAACUGGGCAAAGGCUGGAUACGAUCUCAUAGAGUGGCAAACCUGCUUGGCACCACUGGUGGAUGGGCCCUCAGAACUGCCAUGAUCUGUGUUACUCUGUAAUGCUAAAUGGGCUCUGAUGGGGAGAGGCCAGUGGUGGUGGCUUGUGCCUGGCUGUUCUCUGGGGGUUGGUUCAAGUAGAGGUGUUUGUAAAGAUGGAAUUUUAGAGAGUGGGGGCUUUAAUUUAUUCCGGGGGUGGGGUAGGGUGGUUAAAGGUGCUCCAAGCCACCAGCAUGCGGUGGAAAAGACAGAGGGGUGAAGGCAAUGGCCCUUAAGUGCCCAGCCGGCAUCUAUGAUUUUAUGACGAGUGAAAAUAAUGCAGGGAAAAGCACAGCAGAUCUCAAAGCAAAAAAGUGUUCCUGUAAAAAAACAAUACUCCAAUGAAAAGAGAUUUCUGUAAACGAACGAGACUUGCCCCUGGAGCCUUUGCAACCCAAACACUGCGAGAGAAUAUGAAACAGAA